AUGGCGAAGACUCCCAGGGCGGGGGGGAAGGUUGAUGACACGAUCUUUGUCGGAGUUCGACUGCGCCCCUUCCUCGGGUAUGAAGGGAAGCAGCAGUGCCUCACACCUUCCCGAAAUGUCAUCUCCGUGCGCGCGCCGGACAAGAAGAAAGAGUAUGCCUUCGAUUGCGUGGACUGCCGCGUGCAGAUUCUGGAAAUCUACAACGAGAAGGUCAGGGACUUGCUUGACGACAAAGACACCGGCAAGUCUCCCGAGAUUCACGUCCACCCACGGAUUGGCGUGUACGUUGAUGGCGCUGUCGAUGCGCAGGUUGAAGCCGUUGAUCAGGUGCAGAAGUUGCUGGACUCUGGUUUGUCGAGGGCGAGUGUCGCAGCAACGGCCAGAAAUGCCCGGAGUUCUCGCGGGCAUGUGGUUUUCCGACUCGUCAUCGAAAGGCACGAGGAAGACCACACAGUGGUGACUUCUGAGCUUUUCUGCGUCGACUUGGCCGGGCGGGAGAAUGAGAAGACCACGAAGGUCACGGGGCAAAACUUCACGGAGCUCACCUUCAUCAACCGAAGCCUCAUGUGGCUUGCCCAGUGCAUCCAGGCGCUCGGCAAGCAGGCGCAGGCGCGCAGGCGGAGUAGUAGUGUGGGUAGCGAGGUCGAGGGAUCGAACCGCGCCAGAUUCCGGAAUUCAAAGCUCACGCUGCUGCUCAUCAAUGCCCUGACGGGCAACUCGAAGACUUGCUUACUGGCAACGGUGAGCCCAGCUCUGGUGAAUCUGGAUGAGAGCUUGGUGACCCUGAACUUUGCGAGCACGGUGAAGACCAUCAAGGUCGCCGCAAGGCGCGCGGAAAGGAGGGACACUGUAAAACUGGUCCAGAGCUUGAGUGAGGAGUUGGCAAGCUUGAGGGAGCAGCUCAGCGGGUCGCCGCGCAACGCCUCGGACUUGCAGGCGCAAGUGGGCACGCUGCAGAACAUGAUGGAGAGCUACAAGACGAGGUGGGAAGAGGCGGAGCACAACGCCGAGCUGCUCCGCAAGGAGAAGGAGGACGCCUUGCAAAAUCUCGCCGUGUCCAGGUGGAAGUUUGCCCAGGCGACCCUGAAGAAUGAGGCCCGCGACGAGCCCAACUCUGCAAGGGGACAGGAGACGCCGUCCCAAGACAAGGACCACCGGGACCCGGGGGCACGCGCCAAGGCUUCUUGGCUUUCUUCUGGCUGGCUCUUAGGACUUUAG